AUGUCGUGCAUCAAGGCGACGUUAACAACCAGGGCUGCGGACAUUGUAAACUCGCGGGCAUUGAAUGUGAUCGAACUAAUAUCCGCUUUCGCAAUGGUCUUUCGCUGCCCAAUGAACCGGACCUUGCAUUUCCAGAUCGGAGUAGUUGGCCCCAGCUACAUGGCCAAGGUCAGUAUUUUCUAUGGUCUGGUUGCAAUCAAUUUAACGCAUCCCUUAGUGCGCUUCUACGAUGAAACUUUCGAGAUCGCCAGUUUGUACUCGGCAUUCCCGCAGGACCAGUCAACUGCCAUUGGUAUUUCGGAGCACGAUUUGACAUUUGGAGACCAUGAGAGAUCCGAGUGUCAGACUGUGCAGCAAAGCAUAGAACCAUUCGCAGCUAAUCUUUUGACGCCAGUUCCACCUUGCGCUACAGAAUGCCAUUUACCGUCCGUCUCAUCGUUGUCCUCUCCAAGAUCAGUACAAUCUAGAUCAUCAACAAAAUCAUUGCAUGUUCUGACUGAAAGAGAAGCUGUCUUGUUGAGGAACUUUGUAGAGAACAUGGCCCUUUGGGCCGACAUUACGGACCCUCAACGGCACUUUGAAACAGAAGUUUCGGCUCGCGCAUUGAAAGAACCUUUCUUGCGGCACGCGGUCUUUGCAUUUUCAUCGCGCCAUCUUGAUCGGCAGAGUGGCAGUGAUUUGACAGAAGCACUGCAGUAUCACAGUUGCUGUGUGCAACUACUGAUUCCAGCACUGUCCGAGCCGCGAGAACACAUCACCGAGGACAUUCUUGCAGCAGUAGCUAUUCUUCGCCAGCAUGAGGAAAUGGACGGCGAGGAUCAUCAGUUCCAUCUGACCGGCACAACGCACAUUUUGAAUACGGUGUCGACAUUUGGCUCUUCUGGUGGCUUGGGUGAGGCGGCAGCCUGGCUUUGUUUGCGUCAAGACAUCUAUAUCUCCCUGACCACCCAACGGCCUCUCCGAACCAACUUGCAAAGUUUUUACGACUCGGGAGUUUUUCAAAGAAAUGACGACUUUGCGUGGUCUAGUCGAAUGGUGUUCUUGCUCGCCAAAGUUCUCCAAAGCGCAUUCACCGACUGUGGGACAGCACAUGGCAUCAGAGCCGAGAUCGACGAAUGGUACUCCACUAAGCCAUAUACGUUUGCGCCUGUCAGGUCUAUUCCACGAGGACCAGAGCCCGACCGGCGGCUUCCGACUCUCUGGAUGCUAUUGCCCGUACAUGUCAUCGGAAUCCAAUACUUCCAUCUAGCCAAGAUCGUCUUGGCACUGUCGGAGGGAGCAAACGCGUCAUCCGCCUAUGAAAGUCUACGCCACUCGAGAAUAGUGGAGAAAACUGUUCGCCAUCACCUGCUCACCGUGUUGGGAUUGGCGCAUUCGAACCGCAAAGCCGAGAAUACCCUGUUUACUGCACGGCACAGCCUAGUGGCCUGGGGAUGGGUCCUUCGGCAUCGCCUAGAUCAAAGGGCAGCGGAGGCUCUAUUACAAGCCAUGCAUGCAAGGACCGGCUGGAAUAUGGAUUCUCUCAUCCAGUCAUUGCGGGCACAGUGGCAGGAGGUGGAUGAAUAUUGA